AUGGGGGCUCUGGCUGAGAUGGAGAAGGAAGAGAAGGCGAAGGCUGUUAUUGAGACUGUUUCACAGAAACCAGGCAGGAGGAUCCAAUGUCGCUGGAUAGACCCGAAUUCUACUGAGUACGAGAAGGCCAAGAAAGCCAAGCGACUUGUUCUGAAACACACUGCUGAAGCUUCCUUUGUGACAAAGAAACAGCUUGAGGAUGCAGAGAAGCUGAAAAUUGAGAUCAUAGAUAAACUCAUCAACACAGAUGUUGCUCAGAAACUGAAGAUUGAGAUCAUAGAUAAACUCAUCAACAUAGGUGUUGCUAAGUGCUCGUAA